UGGUCCAGCGUGCAGCAUCACAUCCUGUCUGCCUGAACUGGGUGUAAAACUCGGAGCUGAGGCGGGGAGAGCAGCAGUACUGGGAGGGACGCUGGUGCCACUGGUUUCCACUCCCAGCCCCACAAAGUUGGAUUAUUACGUUUUUACGCACGGACUGGAAUUAUCUGGAUAUUUCUCUCUCCUUGGGAUGUUCUGGAGAAACUUUAAUUGGACGAUGUUUGCGCUGCUUUUGGGAGGUUUUCUCUGUAGGAAGUAUACGUUCUUAGGCCGUCUCGUCUCAUGUUGCUGCCUCCAAUAUUUAUACCGUAGCUGGUAAUUAACAUAAUCUUGCAUUCCUGUUAAUUUCGAUAAAUGAAGGACAACACGGAGUCCGGAUUACCACCCAAACGCGCGUUUUUUGGCACUUUAUGAAUGCAGCUGUAAUCACGCUGGGGAGCCUCAAGUACUUAAAUGGGUCCAUCAUGAGAAAGAGACAAUCAAGCUCCUUUAUGUCUCAAGAUCAGCUGCAGUUUGCGCGCAUUGUCUGUUAUGAAUAGACCGAUCUCCAAUUGAGCCUCUUCACUUUGGAGAUUUUUCGAUUUUCGAUUAUACAGCUAUUGAAAUUAGGAUGCGCCGCUUCUCUUUUUUUUCUCUCCUCCUCUCUUAGCUUGGUGGCUCGGUUGCCUUCUUUUGAUUGACACGUGAAAUUGACACUCGGGUUGCCUCUUAUCAAGCGAAGCAUUUCAAUCCAGCGCUAAUUGCAGAUAUAGUGCCAUCCUUUUCUUUUCACUGCGUUUGAUUGCGCUCUGGAUACAGCCUCCUAUUGCGCACAAGAGGAAUGAUCGAUUAUAUAUAGUUUUUUUACCCCCCUCUUCUAAUUGCAUCAAAAUUUCUUUUGUUGCCAGGGUUUAAAUGCAGGAGAGACUGUUAUUCGUUGUUUUGGACCGGAUAUAGUGUGGGUUGGGGCAGAGAUGCGUAAUGCGCAAAGCAAGCUCCGUCUCCUCUCCAAAUAGGCAGCGUUCAAGACCCGAAAAUGUCUAAGUCGGAGGUGAAGAAGGAGUCCGGGGAGUCCAGCCCGUCGGAGGCCGCUUGCCUCUGCUCUCCUCCGGCGGCCAAGAACCAGUGCGCCAACUGCGGCAUGGAGAUCCACGACCGCUACCUGCUGAAGGUCAACAACCUGAACUGGCACUUGGGCUGUUUGGAGUGUUCAGUGUGCAGAGCGUCUCUGCGUCAACACAGCAGCUGCUACGUGAAAAACAAAGAAAUCUACUGCAAGCUGGAUUAUUUCAGGUUUGGCACUAAAUGCGCCCAGUGUGGCCGGCAGGUUUACGCCAGCGACUGGGUGCGACGGGCUCGAGGCAGCGUUUACCACCUGGCCUGCUUCGCCUGCUUCUCCUGCAAGAGGCAGCUGUCGACCGGGGAGGAGUUCGGCCUGGUGGAGGGCAGGGUGCUCUGCCGCAGCCACUACGACAUCAUGCUGGACAACCUGCGCAGGGCUGCAGAGGAUGGCACAGGGCUGACUCUGGAAGGAGCGCUGCCCUCUGAUCAGGACUGCCAACCCAAACCAGCCAAGAGGGCGCGGACGUCGUUCACCGCCGAGCAGCUGCAGGUGAUGCAGACUCAGUUCGCUCAGGACAACAACCCCGACGCUCAGACACUGCAGAAACUGGCAGAAGUGACGGGACUGAGCAGGCGAGUCAUACAGGUUUGGUUUCAGAACUGCCGUGCGCGACACAAAAAGCAGCCUCCUCAGAGCAGCUUCUCUCAGAGCGCUCCGCUGUCCAGGAUGCCGCCGUCGCUGCCAGACGACAUCCACUAUUCUCCGUUCAGCAGCCCGGACCGACCACACCUGCUGGCCCUGCACGGAUACCUGGACACUCAUCCCUUCUCCGUCCUCGCCGCCCCGGGCCACUUGACCCAUCCGUCCAUCUCUUUACCGCAGCUUCCCAUCAGCCGCUGACCUGCUGCGUCCACUUCUCUUCCGUCGUCACCACCCUGAUGAUAUUGUGAAAGAAAUCCGUUGGGACGUCCUGUCAGCGAUCUGCUCUGUUUGGGAGUCUAGUCUUCGGGCGGCAGCAGGAUUUCUGUUUCCAAUCAGCUGGAUUCUUCGUUGCAAGACUGCUGAGCUAAACUGUGGUGAUGCCUCCAAGCUAACACAGGAGUUACUUUUUUUUUUUUUUUAAAUUUUGUCAUGUUUUUUUUUUGUGAUGCAGAGAAGAAGACCACUUUCCUUUUAUUUUCCUUUUCCGCAGGACACAAAACAUUGCAUCAGGUCAGGAUUUGUUUCCUUUUUUUUUGGUUUUCCCUUUUGUACAAGGUAUUUUAAUUGCUACAACAUGGGGGGGAAAAAGAAGAAGAGUAGCAGUAUUACAGUAAAACCUCAGCAUUUUUUUCUUUAUUUUGUACUGGUGAUGAGCACAUUUGCAGCUUUACUGUUGUUUGUUCUUGUAUUGUUGUCAGGAAAUGGAAUCUCUUAUUUAUUCGAGCAAAACUUCACUUUUUAAAAAAAAGCACUUUUAAAUGUGUCUUGAAAUGGAAUAAUUCAGUGAUUGUACAUUGUAAAUACUGCUAUGUUUUAAUAAAAUGUAUCAGAUCUGUUA